CAACCCCUUGGUCAGAUUCGACUGUAUCAGACUAUAAAGAUUCUCGUCCGCUUAAUGCUGCUCUUCUUCUAGUCUCUCUGGUGGGGUUUUCUCUUGGAAGAAUCAAAAACACGAGCAAAAAUGGUUACAUCCCGUGAGAACAACAUCGUUGUUGAACCCACUACAACGUCGAUUCUCCAAGAUGAAGCGACAAGUAGAAAGUUCGGACAAGAGAUGAAGAGAGAGAAGAGAAGAGUUUUGGGUGUGAUUAAUCAGAAUGUGGUUGGUGCAAGAGGUGUUGUCAACAAGAGAGGCAACUUAUCUAAAUCUAGAGUUGAAGAGCCCUUGUAUCAUCAGGAUCAGGAGGAGGCGAAGAAGCUGAAGCCAUCAUCAGUUCCAAGUGCAAACGAUUUCGGUGACUGUAUAUUCAUUGAUGAUUAUGAAGAAGCUACAUUGGACCAUCCAAUGCUAAUGCCUCUGGAGAAGCCAUACACUGAAGCUGAUCCAAUGGAGGAAGUUGAGAUGGAGGAUGUAACAGUGGAAGAACCAAUCUUGGAUAUAGAUUUAUCUGAUGCCAAGAACUCGCUUGCGGCUGUUGAGUAUGUCCAAGAUCUGUACUCAUUCUACCGCACAAUGGAGAGGUUUAGCUGUGUUCCAGCAGAUUAUAUGAUGCAACAAAUGGACUUAAACGAGAAGAUGAGAGCAAUACUAAUCGACUGGUUAAUCGAGGUGCAUGACAAGUUUGAUCUGAUGAAGGAGACAUUGUUCCUGACGGUGAAUCUGAUAGAUAGAUUCUUGUCCAAGAAAUCUGUUAUGAGAAAGAAGCUUCAGCUUGUAGGGUUAGUGGCCUUGCUCUUGGCCUGCAAGUACGAAGAGGUUUCGGUUCCUGUUGUUGAAGAUUUGGUACUUAUUUCAGACAAGGCUUAUGCGAGGAACGAUGUUCUAGACAUGGAGAAAACAAUGUUGAGCACUUUGCAAUUUAAUGUCUCGUUGCCUACGCAAUACCCGUUCUUGAAAAGAUUCCUUAAGGCAGCUCAAGCAGACAAGAAGUGUGAGAUGUUGGCAUCGUUUUUGAUCGAGCUUGCUCUUGUGGAGUACGAGAUGCUUCGGUUUCAACCAUCAUUACUAGCUGCAACAGCUGUGUACACUGCUCAAUGUACAGUUGAUGGUUACAGGCAAUGGAGCAGUACAUGUGAAUUCCACUCUCAUUACUCUGAAGAUCAACUCAUGGAGUGUUGUAGGAAGAUGGUGAGUCUUCAUCAGAAGGCAGCUACGGGGAAAUUGACAGGAGUAUAUAGGAAGUACAACACAUCAAAAUUUGGGUACAUAGCAAAGUGUGAAGCUGCACACUUUCUGCUGUCUGCCUGAUGGCAACAAUAACUAGUUUGUACAGUUCCUGCUGUCAUAGUUCCUCCAUUUCCUUUGAGGUAAAAGUAACCACAAAAAUAAAUGAAGCAGCCAAGUUCAAAUUGUCUGAAGAUUGAUUGAUGAUCCUGUUCCCUUUCUGUUAGUCACUAUAAUUGUAACUGUUCUGAGCAGUGAAUGAUGAUGAUACAUAUCACUCUUCUGCUUGAGUUACUCUUUCUAUCGAGCAAAGAAAACAAAAUUUUUUUAGCAGAUAU